AUGCCCUACUACGGGGCGAAGCUGGACACAGCAAUCCCUGAAAAUGUCACCAUCUGGUCGUGGCUGUUUGAAACCUCACACACACCGCCGGGGGUAAAGCCAACGGGAGGUUUCCGUGACGCAUCGACCGACCAGUUCCUGUCCUUUGACGACAUCCGACGCCUCGCAACUCGCUUUUCGACCAUCCUGUACCACAAAUACGGUCUUCGCGCGGGAGACGGCGUCUGUGUGUUUGCCUCCAACACGAUAUGGUACCCCAUCGCAAUGUUCGCCGCGGUGCGGCUCGGCGUGGUGUUCACGGGUUCGUCGCCGGAAUAUGGUGCGGAAGAGGCCGGCUACAUCAUGAAGGCCUCGAGGGCAAAGCUGGUGUUUGCCGACCAGGGUUCGCUCAAGGCGGUCUCGCAGGCGUUUGACAAGGAGCGGAUCGUCCUUUUGGAACCCGCCCACGCAUCUGGUCCUUUGCCCACGGUCAAGAGGCUCCUCGAUGAAGUAGACUCUGCCAGAACUCCAACGCCUUUCACGCUUCCCGCAGGAAAGACAAACGGCCAGGUCUGCGCGUACUUGAGUUUCACCUCGGGCACGACGAGCCGGCCAAAGGGAGUCAUGAUAUCUCACAAGAAUGUGAUCGCUCAGAUCAUGCAGAUGAGAUCUCUCGGCCGCAAGGAUCUGCCCAGGGUUUUGCUAGGAGUUCUGCCGCUGUUCCAUAUUACCGGGCUCGUUCAGAUCCUGCAACUGCCAAUCGUCAUCGACCAAGAAGUCGUUUUGAUGCCAAAGUUUGAAAUGAAGGCCAUGAUGGACACGAUAGUCAAGUACAAAUGCGAUGAACUGUGGCUUGUACCGCGUAAGGCGUUGUCUCCCUUCCGCAAACAGUGGGAACUCCAACUGACGUCAAUCUUUUCAUCUAUAGCUCUCCUCAUCAGGCUGGUCAACGACCCCGUCGCAGCUGGAUAUGACUUGCGUCUGGUCAAACAGUUCAACACUGGCGCUGCGCCCCUGGCCCAAGAGAUUGUCGACAAACUGGCGAAGCGUUUCCCGCACAUCGCAAUACGGCAGGCAUGGGGCAUGACCGAGAGCACAAGUGCUCUGACUUUGACACCACCACCGCUACAAACCUAUGAGAAUGCUCAUACCGUCGGUGCCGUCGUCCCGGAGACGGUGCUGAAGAUUGUGGAUCCUGAGACUGGAAAGGAAGUCAAAGAGGGCGAGAGCGGAGAGAUCUGGGGAAAAGGGCCUCAAGUGACGAUGGGUUAUCUUGACAAUCCGACCGCCACGGCAGAGACAUAUGACGAGGAAGGAUUCCUCCACACGGGUGACAUUGGCUGCAUGCUCCCGAACGGACUGAUUCUGGUCCAGGACAGGCUGAAAGAGAUGAUCAAGGUCAAAGGCGUGGGUGUCGCUCCCGCCGAACUGGAAGAUCUCCUGCUUGGCCACCCGCUGGUCGUGGACGCCGCCGUCAUCGGUAUCCCCGAUCCGUACUCGCAAGAGCUGCCAAAGGCCUUUGUCGUGCUGAGUCCCAAGGCCAAACCUGACGCCCAGACGGCGCGAGAAUUGCAGGACUUUGUGCGCCAACGGAAGAGCAGGAGCAAGUGGCUCGGUGGUGGUGUGGAGUUUGUCGACCAGAUCCCCAAGAGUGCUUCGGGCAAGAUCCUGCGGCGAAUGCUGCGCGAUCGUGAAAGGGCUCGUUUGGAGGCAUCCAAGACCAAAAGCCGGCUGUAG